GAAUAGUCGCGAGCGGUUCCGAGAUUUCAAUAUGGGUGAAUGUCGAAAGAAGGAAUCCCGCUUGAAUAUGCAAAAGAAUUGAUAAAUUCACAUGAUGAGCAACAUGUCAGAACAUCCUUGCCACAAUCUGAGCAAUACAGACAAACAGAUUUUUACAUGUCGACAUUGCAUGGCCAAGUUUUACGACCCUAUUCAAAGAUGGCGACAUAGUAAAAGCUGCAAGAAAGAUGCUCCUACCAAGAGUAGAGAAGGUAUCCCUCUAUCAAACGGCAAAAGGGACCUGCCUGUGGAGAUUGCAGAAAGGGGAGGGUUAGGCAAAAAGCGACAGAAAAAAGAAAACCCUCUCAAUUGCGUGAUAUGUACAUCGGUAUUCACGUCUUUGGAGGAAAUGAAGGAACAUGUAAGAAAUCCAUGUAGCAAGCCACCACCUGAGCCAAAGGCUCAGGCAUUGGCGCCACCUAAUCCAGAACUAGAAAACUUUGAGCAGCAGCUUCAACAGUUACAGGAGGCCAAGGGUGAAGACAUGGCGACCAAUCAGAUAGAAUCGUUGCUCAGAGCAGCUCAGGCACUGCACCAGCAACAACAGGAGCAGCAGCGGCAACAAGCAGAGCAGCUUCAGAAUGUUGAAACUGAGGUGAUACCAGAUGGAGGAAAUCCAGACUGGUUGUACAACCAGGGUGAACCGGUCUUAUGUAGUGUAGAAGAAUAUGGGGAACCAGGGUUUCCUAAUUAUUCCUCAAUCCAAGGAUCAGACGGUCUGCCUGUGGUGCAGGUAGAACAGGUGUCCUCCACCCCCGCAAUAGAGGAGGAGCGCAGCCUUCAUACCCCUCCAAUAAAGCUGACCGCUGAAGAGUACGAUCCAGUCACCCCUCAGGAAAUCACAGUAACCUCAGGGCAUGAUGUACAUGCCAAAAGUGCCCAAAGUUCAUACAGUGAACAGCAAAUACUUGAUAUGAAACAAGGAAACGGCACUCAAGAGGUUCUGCUGAAAGAGGGCAGUAGUAAUAUACAAGGGGCAUUGUCUGAUGAAAAGUUUAUAUUUUCAUCUGUUGGACUUGUUGAAAGCAUAGAAUCACAGACUCCAACUACGGGUACCCAGGAUUUGUACAGUAUUUCUGCACAUCCCAGUGUUUUACCGAGUGAGGUAAAAUUAGUGGGAAGUGACGGCGUUACUGUUACCCUGGUGCUGUCUCCGAACGCUUCUACUGACGCAUUACAGAAGUCUGGAAAUCCGGGGGACGAGUUUGACUUUAUAUCUCAGGUAAUUGGAGAGGAGUUGACUCAACAAGGCUCAAUAGAGAAACAAGACAGUCAGGAUUCAAAGAUUAUUUGUAACAUUGACACAAAGGAGAAAUGUGGAUUCCAUGAGGAAGUCCCAGAGUUAAAUAGUUCUAGUGUUUCUGUUCUUUCUCAAACUGAACAGAGUGGUGAAGCAAUCGCAUGUGAACGUGACAAUUUAAAUACAACUGCUGAUGAAUGUGUAAAAGAUAAACAGUUCAACAGGUCAGAAAAAACAAAAUGUAGUGAUGAAAUUGAUACUGAGCAAAGUCCUUUUAAAGAAAAAAAGAACUCUUUGCAAUCUACAACAAAUGAGCCAUUGGUGAACACAAACUCUGAAUCAGAUAAUUUAACAAGUGCUGAUAUAGAAGUAUCCUGCAAUCAACAAACAAAUAAUGAUGAUAAAAACACUGAAGGCAUUGAAAAAAAUCAGAAAAAUUCUCGUAUAAUUGAACUCGGUGACAAGGCCCAAGGAGGUAUCCACAAAGAGAAAGUAGACAGUCCUGAUCAAGUCAAGGUAGUGAAAAAGAAACAUAAGAAUGUUAAGAUACCUAAAUGUAGAGUUUGUGACAAGGAAUUUAAAACAAAAGAACAAUUACGAAAACAUAAUAAAGUCCCUUGUAAAGUUAGGCUGACCAGAAAUUUAACUCAAAAAGUGCUAAGGCCAAAGAGACUUGAAAAAUCAGUGCCUUUACCAAUUGUUAAGAAAAAGAAGAAACAGAAACCGGUGCCAGCAAAGCCUAAAAUGAUAACGCUCAUUAAUAGACGAUUUGCAGAUACGAGUUUAGAUUUGAAUAAGGAAAAGAAAGGAAAGUUCAAGACCAGAAGGAAAUCACUGUAUGAUUACAACUUUUGCAUUACAAGAAGUACAGAUUAUAGGAAUGCCAAUCUAGAUGUUUUAGUGCAAUAUGACUCAUUGAAUGAGCAGGAGCAACAUUUCUUUCAUUUAGGUCUUGUGGGUACAAAUCAUCUGCCAUCACAUUAUAGAACACCAAAAUCUCUAAUCAAACGAGUUUUGAAGCAAAAUGGAUCUAAUAGCAUGGAAAAAGUUUUGGAAAGGGAAGAACCGUUGGAAGAUGGGCCUCCAGUUUUAGAAAAAGUAGUUGAUGCAUCUGGACGAAUACAAGAGGAUAUAUAUAUUUUGAGGGAUGAAUAUCACCAUGAUAUUGAGCCACCAGUUUUAAUGACAGUUGAAAAGCUGGAUGCUGGUUGUUCAUUGGAAGAAAGAUUUGAAGCAUCAACAGACGUGAUGUGUCCAACAUUAGAUGAUGAGUUAACAGAGAAUUAUAAACUACCAAACUCUGAAUCGUGUAACAAAGAAAAACUUGAAAAUAAUGAACCCAAUAAAGAGAACAGUUUUCAUCAUGAAAAUCUUUCAGCUAACAAAGCCUCCGAACAAAAUUCAAUAGAAGAACAAAAAAUACCAUCAGAGCUCUUGACUGGUGCAGAUAAAGCUUCGCCUCUCAAAUCACCAAAUAAAACUCUAUGCGAGAGGCACUUCAUGGAUGCAAUUGAUGUGUCAAGUGAUACAUUUUCAGAUGAAUCGGAAUUCACCAAAACAAAGUUGAAGGAAGACGAUGACACCAAACCCUCUUACAGUGUUACACUUGGAUUGCAAACAGAUAUACCUUCUGUGACUGACAAAAUCAUGUAUCCUAGAUCGUCUUUUAUUUUAAAAUGUCUUAAAAGGUUAGAAAACAAACACAAAAAUAUCCCCGAUAGUAAACCAUGUGGUAGAAAAAAUUUAUUUGAAAGCCUUGAAAAUGUUUCUGAAGAUUCAAAGUCAUGCAAUAUUUCUCAGUGCAAAGAUGAAAAAUACACCAAAAAUGUUGAUCAAACCCAAAGUGAAAAAAAUGUGCUAACAAAACCAGUAGAAGAAGUGGUGGUAUACCCAAAGCCAGUUGAUCCCAAAAAUUUAGAAUACAGGAAACCAACAUUCAUUAUUCCUACUGAUGAAGAAAUUUUAAAUUACACAGAUGACACUGUAGUUAGAAAACAACCAGAGCUAGAUUCUGUUAGUCCAGAAAAUGGACGGGAACUGCUUCAGAUCCUUGCAAAGACAUUAGGAAUAUUUCCAUCUACAAAAACAAAACCCCUUGAAACUUCUCUGAGUGAAACUCCAAAAAAGUAUAAAGAAACUGAGAAUAAAGAUGCAGUAGAUGAUGAAAAUGGAAUGCAGAUUAUUGUUAUGAACAAUACAGCCGAGUCUAAUGAAUACACAAUGGGUAUUGAUGUUAUUAAUGUUCCAAAGAGUAUAAAUGAGGACUUGAAGAAAGCUGCUUCAGAACUGGAGAACAAUUGUGUGUUUGAAGAGGAUAAUCCUCAAGGUCUUGCCUACCCAGUUGAAGAUACAUCAUCUGAAAAGAAGGCACAAUCAACAUAUGAAAGGGCCAAGAGUGAUCCUGGGGACAUUUCUAUACCAAAGGAAGUUUAUGAAUUCCUGGAAGAUUACAAUACCAUUAGUCCCAAAGCACCAGAACCAAGCCAUGAUGCUCAAAUCCUUCAACCUACCAGGGAUAUACACAUGGUCCCAGGACCGAAGCUGAAUACCAGUGAAGUUGUUGAUAUUCAUUUCAAUUUUUGUUCAAAGGAAACUCCUCGUUGCGAGCAACUAAAGUCUUGUAGACUUGCAUCAUCAAAUACCCAUAAUGUAAAUCCCGUUGCAGAUCUAAAGCCAUUACAAAAUAAUGAACAAGAAACACCUUUUGGACCCUCAGUUAACAUUAAGGAUGAUGUGUUACAAACCAAACAUCUUCAAAGCAAUGAAGACUUGCCUCUUUACGCCAUUCCAGUUGGUUAUGUAUCUGAAAAUUGUCAAACCAGUAGUGAUUCUACCUGCUGCACAGAAAACCAUCCUACUGUCUCCACUCCUCAUCCUCUUAGCCAGGACAAUGAUACAGCAUGCAAUCAAACACCCUCUAUAUUACCUCGUCCAUUGAAGGAACUCAGCAUCUCAAUUCCUCCACAAAUGUCUUCAGAAAAGUCAGAUGCGGAUCCAGUCUUUUCACAUUCCAAUGUGUUCAAAUCAGAAAAUACACAGGAACCAGGUGUUCAGCAAUCUAUUCCAAAGGUUUCAGAAAGUAUUCCAGAGUCUGAUCAAGUCUGGAGCCGCAUUUUGGAGGAGUACAAAGCGGAACGCAUGCUUAAUCACAAUAAUCGUUCAGAAGAAAGCCCCUUGUCCCAUUCAGCCAAGCAACAAAAACCUAGAACAUUGAGUUAUAAAGAAGAAAAUACAGAUUCAUUCAUUUCAAAACCCGUCUUUACAAGAAGCUACAGUACUAGUGCGACAUCAACGUUAAGUAAUGCUUCAAACCAAACUCUGCAACACGAUGAUAAUUCAGAGAAAGUGUUCAUGUCUUGUUCGUUUUCACCCACAAACAGCAGUAAUUCUCUAAAAAUGAUAUUCAGGAAAGAGAGAUCACCAAAGGAAGAAAAUCAGUCAGCCAAUGCUAGUUCUGAGGAACGUAUAUGUAGUUCCCAAACUGUGAACAUAAGAGAUCCGUUAAGGGGGACAAACCUGUCCACGGCAGAUUCCGAACCCUCACUAGAAGAUGUAGGAGCCACCGAUGACGAUGAAGAAGAGUCUUUGCCAUAUAUGAUUGUGGACACGGGGGUAGAGAUUUGUAGGAAGGCGCUAGGCACUCACGAGGAUGAAGAGGAGGACCUUUCAGAGGAAGAAGACUGGAUAUCUGGCCAAGAUGUAGAAUCACAAGAUGCCGUUACGUAGAAUUUUAUUUUAUUGUAGAGUUUGCUUUAUUGGGAAAAAUAACUAUUUUUUGAAACUCUCCAUAUUUCAUUGAACGUUAACGCAUUUUUUCUCCUCUCUGUCUGUGAUAUUAUGCAUGUCAAAUUUUUAAACAUUUUACGAAUCGUGUUUGUCGCAAAUUUUAAAGUUUUUCAUAUAUACAUAUAUUAACGUGUACCAAAAUUUUAGGUAUAAACGUGUUGUUAGAUCUCAGAACAGAUAGGCACUACUGAUUUAAAAACAAGUUAAUUUAUUAAAUACUAUGAAAUCUUAUACACAAUUCACUAAAUGAAAUUCCAGCUGAUUUAUGUCUGACUAUGGAAUAAAAUUGAGUUUUCUUGUGUAAUAAUUUGUAACAAAAGACUCUUGUUUAAUGUGUUGUUCACUUGUGAUUGCGAUCCAUCUGCUCACCUUGAGGGUUUUUUAAAAUUCAUUUUGAGUUUAUUUCUAUGUGUGUAUUCACCAUAAUAUUGUUAAUACAAAGAUUCAGAUUCA